UAAAAAAAAAUCUAAAAAAACAACUUUGGCCCAUAACCUUAAAACGGUGGUAUCUAGACAAAUUAUGAUAAAAAGGUGUGCAAGAUUUGUCAACUGUCUGCGCCCUGUUAUCUCUGGAACCAUAUUUGUGCAGUUCCUGGUAGUGGGAUUGGUGCUGGGCUUCACUCUAAUCAACAUUGUUUUGUUUGCUAAUUUGGGAUCGGCUAUCGCAGCGCUGUCCUUCAUGGCUGCUGUGCUUCUGGAGACGACGCCCUUUUGUAUUCUGUGCAACUAUCUUACAGAAGACUGCUAUAUACUGUCUGAUGCCUUGUUUCAUUCCAAUUGGAUCGAUGGGCAGAGGCGCUACAGAAGUACUGUCAUGUACUUCCUACAGAAACUACAACAGCCGAUAACCUUUAUGGCUAUGGACAUAUUUCCGAUAUCGGUGGGAACUAACAUCAGUGUCACCAAGUUUUCGUUCUCCGUCUUUACUCUCGUAAAGCAAAUGAAUAUCGCUGAGAAAUUAGCCAAAUCUGAUGAAGACGAUUGAUUUAAAAACUCGUUUUAAGGUUUAAAGGGUUGCAUACACUUGUACUUUUUUGUAUUAGAAUGAAGAGUUGUUUUUAAUUUGAUUUUUGGCUAAUAAAACAUGU